UUUGUAAUACACCAAUCACUUCGUCUCCUCCCCCCAACAACCAAUCGAAAAUUCAAACUCUCCCUUCCUGACUUUCUGUUGGUCUGUGGUGAAGCUCGGGAAAACAUCGAAGAGGAGACUGGGAGGGAUGAAUCCGAAUUGGGAGCUCAGGAACUGCUGCCAGCAUGAUCAGGUUGUGUUUCUGGCUGUGGUUGGUGUCUACACUGUUGUGAUACUCGCGUUGUGGAAAACAGUACUCUUGACACCCUUUAAGCUCAUCACAGUAUUUUUACACGAAGCAAGCCAUGCAAUCGCCUGUAAACUCACAUGUGGUGAUGUGGAAGGGAUCCAGGUUCAUGCAAAUGAAGGUGGAGUUACCCAAACACGUGGUGGCAUAUAUUGGUUGAUCUUACCUGCUGGAUGUAAUGCACUUUAACCCUGCAAGAUUUAUACUUUUUUCUUCACAAUUUCUUGCUAUAUUGCUAUGCAGACAUGGCAUUACAUGAUCAAUUUGUUCUUUUGACACUAAUAGUCCAAGUUCAGAUUGUUGCAUCUGGCAUGACCGCAAGUCAGGCACCUUCCAUUACCAGAUUAUUUACAGAGUACAGAAUUUGUCUUAGGUCUCUCCCUACCAAUAGCAAGUGAAGUAUUAUCUAUCUCAAUGAACUCCCAAAACUCUCUCACUUGUGCAUAUAUUACUUUAGUUAAUAGAUUGAGUAGGUACAAUGGGAGGAUGGUGGACAGAUGUUACACCCAUAGGUGGGGAUGGAGAAAGGUUUUUCAACCACUCUAUGUACGGAAGCAGGUGGGAUGAAGCUAGAUUUUUCUACCUGUUUCAGAUACGGAGGUGGUGUGAGGAGGGGGGUGCGGCCUUGAGGUGGAAGUGGAGAAGUGAUCACCCGCCUCAUUGCCUAUGCUAGAAGAAUACGUGUUGUUACUGGUCCAAGGUCUCAUUAAGGCCACAAGAUCUUGCCAGGGCUUUUAGGUCAAUAAAAGGUCCGAGUAAGUUCUUGGAAAUAAAAAGGUUUCUUAUUGAUUAUAAGCCCCAAAUUACUCUCUCAGGAACUAAAAUAUCUUCCUUUCUGAAGAUCUUCACCCUGUUCAUACACCUGGUUCCUAAAAAUUUGAUCUUCAGGCAGGUUUCUGCCAAUUUGGGAUGUAGCCUGCACAUGGACAUA